GCGUCUCCUCGCGAGCCGCUUUUUGAAGAGCAACUGAAGAAGCGGCCGCCAUGGGCCUGUCUUACAGCUCGCUGCAAACAUUGAGCAGAGCCGAGCUGUGGGAAUACCAGGCACUGACAUUUUUAACAACAAUGGAAAUACAGUGUAUUCACGAGGCAUUUCUUAAAUUGACUCGUGGAGCAACUGAAGGUGAGGCACAAUUUCUUAAAUCAGAACAGGUCAGCAAUAUUCCAGCUUUAAGGGUGAAUCCAUUUCGAGACAAAAUCUGCAAGGUGUUUAGUACACAUGAAAAUGGAUUAUUUUCAUUUGAAGACUUCCUGGAUCUGUUCUCGGCCUUUAGUGAAACUGCAUCACUUUCUGUAAAAAUUGACUAUGCAUUUCAAAUCUUUGAUUUAAAUGACAAUAACUACAUUGAUCAAGAAGACAUAAGGAACAUCAUCCUUCGUUUAACUAAUGGGUUGAUGGAUGAAGCAAACAUAUUAACCUUGACUCUCAAUAUCUUAAAUGAAGGAGAUUUAAAUAAUGACGGCAUGUUGUCAUUUUCAGAAUUUGAAAGUGUAGUUUGCAGAUUACCUGACUUUCAAAAAGCUUUCACCAUCCGGUUCCGUGAAUGAAAAACACCAAUUAAGAGUGGAAGAUGCAAAACCUGAACAGAUAUUUUCUACAUUUAAAUUAUUCAAGCAUCCCAUUUAAUAUUGGUGCAGCACAUGUUUGAAUAAUGAUUGAUUCAGCAAGGUAUUCAAUUGGGAAUGAGAGAAUUAGGCACAGACAUUUAAUGUUAUAAAUUUUCCAAUGAGUGCAACUCAUUCUUAUUUAUGUUUAAUGAAAUGUGAAAGACAUGAUGCCUGUCUUUUCAUUGCAGAGGUGAUGGGAAUCUUUCAUUAUUUCAAAAUUGUUCUAGGUCAAUAAGUGAUGCCAAUUUUGUUCGGGUGCCUAAGUUGAGUAAUUGCUGCUGACACCAAAGAAACACACUGUACUCAGGACUGUGGCUAAAAACAGGCUAAACAAUGACGAGGAACAGAUAUUUAGAUAAUUUACUGUCAACCAAACACAACAUCUUUUUAUGUGCUUCCACUGAUGCAAAUCAGAUACUGUAACUCAAACGGAUUAAAAAUGUGCAAGGCAUUCCCAGAAAAAAAGACUUAGACAUACUACAAGCGUACACUUCAAACGACAUACAUAAUACUGAAAAAUAGUUGUUUUUUUGUUAUCAGUACAGUUAAUAACUAUUGGAUUGAUUAUUUUAGAAUAUCAAUAAAAUAAUAGGUUGUCUUUAAUG